UAGCGAAGUACAAACGGUAAUUUUAGUCAAAUCUCCUCCUUGUACUCACCCAGUUGAUGCAAACUUUAACUACCAUGCCGCACGUUUUGCUGAUUACAGUGUUCCCCCUACUGGGAACUGUUGUGGCAAAUUCUUUUUUACCUGAUUUCAACCCUAAAGCAGUCGAAAAGAAAUGUAAUUCCUACGCGAAGGAUGGAGGCUACGGCUCUGCGGUGGUUGCGGCAGACUCGUUUCAGUGUUCGACCGUAGGCAAAAAUAUACUACGUAAAGAUGGCAAUGCCGUGGACGCUGCUAUAGCUACUCUGCUAUGUACAGGUCUCACAAGUCCACAGUCUAUGGGACUUGGUGGAGGUUUCUUCAUGACCAUCUUCAACACAACGUCCCAGAAAUCAACAGUGAUCGACGCAAGAGAGACAGCACCGGAGAAAGCGAGGGCCGACAUGUUUGCUAAAAACCCAAUUGCAUCUUUUGUUGGUGGGCUCAGCAUUGCCGUCCCAAGUGAAAUCAAAGGCUACUGGUACGCACAUCAAAAGUAUGGCAGGCUGCCGUGGUCAGAUUUGUUUCAACCCGCAAUCAAGAUGGCCACUGAUGGUUUUCUUGUUGAAGAUUCAUUGGCGAACGUUCUGAAAAUCUUUAAGAGAAUGUUAUCAAAAGAAAAAACAAUGAAAGACGUAUUUAUAAACAAUUCAACGAAAAAAGUAUUCAAAAAGGGGGAGAAAAUGAAGAGGCCCCAGUUAGCUAAAACACUUCAAGUUAUCGCCAAAGAAGGGAUGAAGGCUCUGUAUGAUGGGUCGUUGACCAAUGACUUAAUGGAGGAUCUGAAAGAAAUAGGAUCGAUUAUUACAAGAAAUGACCUCAAGAACUACAAGGUGCUGGAGAAAAGACCAGUGGAGAUCUUGUUAAAUGAUGGACUACGAGCUGUCACCGUACCAGCACCUGGUGGCGGCCCAAUUUUGGCUUUAAUCCUACAUAUUCUCAACGGCUACAACUUGACACCCGAGAGUGUAGAAACAGAUGCCAAGAGGACCCAGGUAUACCACAGGAUUGCCGAGGCUUUUAAAUUUGCCUACGCUAAGAGGACUGAGAUGGGUGAUGAGAUGUUCAUGAACUCACCGGGGUUUUUUCAAAACCUCUCGUCAAGGGAGUAUGCUGAGGAAAUGCGUUGUAAACUCUCCGACACGCAGACCCAUGACGUUAAGUACUACGGCCCAACCUACGACUCAAAGAUCACUACAGGUACAUCCCACCUCUCAGUGAUAGACGAUGAGAGCCUCGCUGUAUCGGUUACAAGUACAAUCAAUGCCAGGUUCGGAUCCCAGGUGCGCGGCAUGAGAACUGGUAUAAUCUUUAACGACGAGAUGGACGACUUCAGCACACCAAACGUCACCAACUACUUCGGGUUCGAACCCUCACCAGCGAACUUCAUCGCUCCCGGCAAGCGGCCAGUGUCGUCCAUGUGUCCGACUAUCUUCAUAGAUCGUCAAAAUUAUGUGUCCAAAAUUCUAGGAGCGGCUGGCGGUUCCAGGAUCACUUCGGCAACAGCUUUGGUGGCAGCACACGUCAUUUGGCUAGGGGAUACACUGAGGGAGGCGAUGUACAGGCCCAGACUCCACCAUCAGCUGGUACCGAAUCAGCUAGAGUACGAGGUCGAGUUAAGUCCCGUAAUUGUUGAAGGGCUACGUAAGAUGGGCCACAAAAUGGCAAAGGCAGUUACUGUUAAAUCUGUUGUACAAGGCAUCAACAUGAACACCAGGAAGAUCUAUGCAGAAAGUGACCCCAGGUUUGGCGGAGCACCAAGCGGUUACUGACAGCUGGAGAUCACGUUGUUCAAAAUGGUUAAAUAUGGCGUGAUGUCAUUCGA